UCGGCGGGCGCUGGUCACUAGUGCGCCGAGAUCGCGCUACGACAAACGUUGCCAUGAAGUUAACUAUAGUUCUCCUCGUCCUGGUCGCAGCGUCCAACGCGGACGACCUAGCGUCGGCCGCCGGACAGAUCUUCAAAGGGAUCCUACCGAAUCUCAUCUCGAAUGGCGUGACGGGCCAGCAAGGAAACUCCGCUACCAAUACCCUGCAAACUAUCGGUACCGUCGUCGGCGGAGUCGUGGACUAUGCCAAGAAGAAGAGCUACGAGGACAUGCUCCGCCAGGUCCAGGACUCUACCACUGACGAGGACCUGCUAAAACUCAGCGAUGAGAUGUUCAACACGGAUAUCAACAAUGCACUCAACUACAUUCAGGUUAAUUUGCAAGGCAAAACCAGUCCGAUGUCUAAAAACGAUGAAGCGCAAAGCCACCUCCUGAAUGUCCCCGAGAACGUGUGGAACGGACCCACCAUCAGGCCCUUCGCAGCGCUCUUCGACAACUACCACAAGAAUGUUAUCAGGCCAGAGUUUGUCACGCCUAAUGAAGAAACGGAGCAGGUGACAUUCAUCAACACGAUCCUCGCCACCGGACCCAUCAGGACGUUAAUGACAUUCCUCGCCAAUAAAGGUUUAACCCAACUGAACGAGUACAAUGAGCAAGUGGAACUGCUGAAGAAGAUCUGGUUCACGAAGUACGCGCGCCACUGGACCGGCCUGUGCAAGUGCAGCUGCGCCUUUGAAAACAUCUUCAUGGCUGAACUCAAAUCUAAUGAAGUUUUGGGUCUUCACAGCUGGUUGUUCUUCGCCAAGCGCGAGAUGGACAACAAAGCCAACUACUUGGGAUACAUCGACAAACUAGAUCUCAAUGGAAAAGGCCUCAUCCUGAAACAACACUCCGUGCUUAGCGAGACCAAAGACGCCCCUCAGAUCACCAUGUUCGUGGGCACCUCACCCGAAUUGGAGCUGGCGUUAUACACUGUGUGUUUCAUGGCGCGACCGGACAGGCCGUGCAGAGUCACAGCCGGUAAUGUACCAUUCACUAUCCAGACGAAGACACUAAAGUCGGAUAAUGUCCUGCUCAUUGAUACAGCGUACCCCGUUUUUUAAGUUAAAGUUUUAAUAAAUUAUUAGUUUUUGGGUUA